AUGGCCUCGGUUUCCACGUCAACUUAUGCUCUGUCUCAGACUCAUAAGGACGUCAGUCGCACGAAUUCAUCCUCGAGAAGUCUUUGCCGAGAUCAUGCUACUUACUUCGAGACACUCCCGUAUCGAGUUAAUCACGACACCGGUAUCAUCGACUACGAUAGGCUCGAGGAGAAUGCCGUUCUAUACCGCCCCAAGUGUAUUGUUGCCGGAACUUCUGCAUAUUGUCGCUUAAUCAACUAUGCGCAUAUGCGCCAGAUCGCAGACAGAGUCGGAGCAUAUCUCAUUGUUGAUAUGGCUCAUAUCGCCGGUCCUAUCGCGGCGGAAGUUGUCCCCUCUCCCUUUGAGCAUGCGGACGUGGUUACUACCACCACCCAUAAAUCCCUUCGUGGCCCUCGCGGGGCUAUGAUCUUCUUUCGAAAAGGCAUCCGCAGUAUAAAUCCUAAGACUGGCAACCAAGUCACAUAUGACCUCGAAGGCCCUAUCAAUUUCUCCGUCUUCCCCGGCCACCAGGGAGGUCCCCAUAACCACACAAUUACCGCGCUAGCGGUGACAUUAAAGCAGGCCCCUACUCCUGAGUUUCGUGUCUACCAGGAACAGACACACACAUGCUGUUCUCGAACAAAUCAACGUCACGUGCAACAAGAACAGCAUUCCAGGCGACAAAUCCGCGUUAGCCCGUGCGGGAUUCGAAUCGGUACUCCCGCUAUGACUUCUCGCGGCUUUGGCGAGAAGGAUUUCAAGCGUGUCGCGCUCUACGUUGACCAGAGCAUUAAGUUGAGCAAGAAAAUCCAGACAGAAUUACCCAAGGAAGCGAACAAGCUCAAAGACUUCAAGGCUGUCGUGGCGAACGAAUUAGUGCCCGAGAUUUUGAAGUUGAAGACUGAGAUAACUCAAUGGGCAUCAACUUUCCCUCUCCCUGUAUAG